UUAUGCGAGUAUCCGGCACCUGCAUUGGCCAAGAGGCUCCAUUUUUAGCCAAUCCACGACGACAUGACCGACGACAGCAACGACAGCUCGCCGCUCGCACCCGUGUCGGACGACGAGCCCUUGAUCGACGCCGCCAUCGUGGACAGCCUCCUCGACGAGCCGUGUCCGAGGCGCGUGCGGAAGCGGCAGAAGGACGAGCUGGUCUAUUUGCGCAAGCAAGUGGCUGAGCUCAGCGCGCACCUGGCCGCCCUCACGAACGAUAAUGCGUCCAAGCUCCAGCACUGCAGCACGCGCUGGGAGCGCGUCGCACAAAACCAAAGAUGGCGGUCCAGCAAGCGACGAUGGAGAACGCGCGGCUCAAGCGGUCACUCGAAGACCAGCUGCAUUUGGCGACAGCGCUCGACAAGCUGCUCGUCAAGCGCCCACGCCUCGCGGUCAUGUCGGUUGCCGACACGGCCGACUGGAAGCUCCGGCGCCUGCCGUCCGAGCCUGCUGCGCGCACUGCCGCCUUGGACGCGAUUCUCGCCGACGCCUACGAGAACGUCGAGUCGCUCUUUGUGCGGUCCCGGAUUCUCGACGCUGCACCGGGGCACCGCUCGCUGACCGUCACCGAAGUCGACGACGCACUCUCGGUGGCUGUCGAGAGUGUGGCUGUCUUGCCCCACGCGUUUCUGGACGCGAGCGAAAACGUGUGGACGUUCUGGGCGCACAGCGACGGCCUCCAGCUCUCGUUUGCCCGCUACGAGCGCCUCCAAACGGUUGGGAACGACACCGUCUACUGUCGCGUCACGGCUUGCCUCGAGGAAGGCGCGCCGUGCAUCGGCAUGCUCUACGCCAUCAAGCGCUUCGUCCAGGACGAUCGGGUCGUCUUUGUCCUCAAGACAGUUCUGGAAGAUGAAGACUAUCCGUGGCCACCCGGCUUGCUCGUUGGCAACCACACGGCGAGCAUCGUCGUCGAGGCGGCCGGCGAGAACCAAUCCAUUCGCCGCAUGGUGGUCGCGGGCAAGAUCUCGACCCAACUACCGGACGAGAGCCCUCUUGUUGGCAUGCCCACCACCAUUGGCGAAGUCGUGCUCAAGAUCGUGCGACCCGUUUUUGACACGCUUGAGUUUCUGUUGAGCUAGCCAAACAAUGACGACGUGUCCCUUGGACGUCAUUUUCGUGGUGGUCGCUUUCAUAGACUUGUCCAAAACAGACACAUGUGCC